AUGACUACACAGGGUAAAGUAAAGAACGCCUUGUACGAGGAGGAGCGUCUUCAACACACACCAUGGGUGGAAAAAUAUAGACCAAAGAACUUGGAUGAUGUUGCUUCACAGGAUCACGCGGUGAAGGUGCUAAAGAAGACUCUUCAAUCAGCCAAUUUGCCACACAUGUUGUUCUACGGGCCACCUGGAACAGGGAAGACAUCGACGGUAUUGGCCCUUUCCAAGCAGCUCUACGGUCCACGUUUAUUCAAAACGCGUGUUCUUGAACUUAACGCGUCUGAUGAGAGAGGGAUUUCCAUUGUCCGUCAAAAGAUUAAAAACUUUGCCAGACUCACAGUUUCAAACCCAAGCAAGGAGGAUCUUGAAGAGUACCCUUGUCCACCAUACAAGAUCAUUAUUCUCGAUGAAGCGGACUCUAUGACCAAUGAUGCACAAUCUGCAUUGAGAAGAACUAUGGAAACCUACUCGGGAGUGACCCGAUUCUGUCUUAUUUGUAACUACAUAACGCGUAUCAUCGACCCCUUGGCCUCGAGAUGUUCCAAGUUCAGAUUUAGACUCUUGGACAACGAACAUGCCUUGAACAGAUUAGAGUACGUUGUACAACAAGAAAACGUCAAAUUGGCCAAUGAUAAGGUUCUCUCUGUUUUACUCAAAUUAUCAAAUGGGGAUUUGAGAAAGGCCAUCACAUAUCUUCAAUCUGCCACUAGGCUUCACGAGCUUGGCAAUACAGACGGAGACGUAGUGAUGGAAGGUUCGGAUGAUGCUCCAGCGUCUGGAAGCACCCCAAUCACCACACAAUCCAUUCAAGAAAUUGCCGGGGUUGUCCCAGACGAUAUUGUUGACCAAACCAUUGAAGCAAUUAACCUGAAAGACCCACAAACGAUAAUAAAGACUACCAACGAAACCGUGUUACAAGGCUGGAGUGCACAACAGCUUGUGGAUCAAUUACAUGACAAGUUUAUUUUGAAUGACACCAUCGAUGCAGCAGUCAAGAGCAAAAUUGCAGCAAUUUUGUUUUCGACCGACAAGAAGUUAAACAAUGGUACUGAUGAACACAUUCAAUUGUUGAAUUUAUCCUUACAAUUAGCUAGUACGAUAUAA